AUGGCGAAUAGAAAGCUACAGAAGGACAUAGAUAUUAUAUUCAAGCGAAUCCAGGAGGGUUUACAAGAUUUCAACUAUCAUUAUGAAAGAUACGAAAGUCUAACAAACACUGAGGAUGAUUCUGACAACCAACGAGAAAAGGAGAAAUUAGCAAACGAUUUGAAAAAGGAGAUAAAGAAACUACAGAAGUUUCGAGAGCAGAUCAAGCACUGGCUACUGAAUGAUGCCGUAAACACCUUGGGGCCCGUGGGAACCUCAUACAGUGCUAAACUUUCCGAGAACAAGAGCACUAUCGAGGAUGCGAUGGAAACGUACAAACUAGUUGAAAAACAGACCAAGUUGAAGUCGUUUUCGAAUCAGUCGAUUAUGAUGGCAUUUGCCGAUAAUGAAAAUGGAGAGGAUGGAGAAGAUGAGAGCGAUGACGAUGAAAGCAGCGAAGAGGAGGAUGAAAGUCUAUACGAUGAGUUAUCAGAGGAGGCAGUGGAUUUGAUCAAAUAUUUCAAGGACUCCAUCAACCAACUUAGAGAACAGACGGAUAAGUGCACCCAUGAGUACGAGAAAUUAGCGUCAAAGAAAUUGCGGAAGAAUAAUCUUGCCACUAUUGAAGCCAAAAAGGAAAAAAUACAGGCCACAAUAUCCAACAACAAAUUUCACCAGAAAAAGUUGCGCAAAUUGAUAAAACAAUUAAAGAAUGGCAUGGUGACUGAUUUCAAUCUCAUUUUCGCAUUAAAAGGUGAUUUGGAAGCGUACUUGGACAAGCAUGGAGACACCGAUUUCACUAAAGAUACUGAGUUGUACGAUGAUAUAUUUAACCAAAUAUCCGCAACAGACGAAGACUAUUCGGAAGUUCACGAAGAUAGCUCAACAGUAGCAACAUCAGUGGAAAGCGCAAGUGCGGUUAAGAAUGGGCACAUUGAGAAAAAGUCAACAUCGCCAACACCACCUAAACCAUCGAGCCGAAGUUCGAGCGAGCAACCUAUCCAACAGCCACAGCAACAUCAACCACAGCAGCAUCAGCAUCAGACACAGCAGCAGCAGCUACCCAAGGCCCACCAAGUGCAUUCAGCUUACUCUGGUGAUGGAGGAGAGCAUCGACACGUAUCCCAAUCAAAUUCUACUGCUCAAGCUGCACAUCAUGGGCCAACCCAACAGAGCCCCGAGAUGGCUUCACCUGCUAUUGUCAGAACAUUGAGGCCAGCAACAACUCCUUCCAAGCCAGUUGGUGGACUCAAGUGGUCAGCAGCAGCAGCAGUGGGUCUUCCAGAAACACCAGAAAAACCUAUUUCUCAUGAAGAAUUGAUUUCAGCGGAGAUGACUGCAUUAAAGCCCGAAGCAAGCGUACCAGUAAAGCCAUUGGAACUUGAAGAGAUUGAUUUGGACAAGUUUAAGAAGGUGAUUUCCAAUUCUCCAUUAUCCAAAACGGAACUCAACUUAUUUUCGGAUAUGGAUUUGGUUCGUGUUCCCCCAGGGAUCCAAGAUUUGGUGAUAUCGUUUGCUUCGAAGCGAAAUAAUGAAGAGUUUAAGAUUCUCAUAGACUCUACAGAAUUUGAUCAGUUUACCUCACCAAUCUACAAACCAUACUUGCCCAAGAACGUUCAACCAAAUUACUAUUCACAAUUUACGAAUUUCAGCUUUAAACAUCCAACGCAAUUGACGAAAUUUCAAUCUCAUUGGAACAAAAUCAGAGCAUAUUACGGGUUUAAGAGCUUGAUUGAAGAAAUCAAAACUUUGUCGGCUCAGGAAACUCCAGAAUCCUUGGCGUUGGUCACCGAAUUGACGUUUGUUUUGUUCUAUGGAUACUACUAUGGGUUGACCCCGGCAGAGAAUUUGAUUGCGGAAAGCUGUUUAUUCGAACUAGGUUGGAAACCAUACAAAAGCCAACUUGAAACUAACAGUAGAAGUCCAUCGCCGUUUGGUAAUGCUUCUUCAGCUGACAAAAAACAAGGACAAAGACAAAUUCUAUAUUGGUUCAAGAGGUUGAAAUUUAUAUCAAGUGAAGCCGCCGAUGGAGAGCACUCAACGUUUGAAUUUGGCGAUUAUCAGGUGUUUGAUUUGAACUUUUGGGAAAUAUUUGUAAAGUAUGGAUUCAAGUUUGAGUAUAGCUCGUGUCAAAUGGAACCUUCAAGGACAUUGAUUAUUUAA